AUGGAGAAGGCUCCUCAACCUACAACCGGUGCCCAAUCCCAACCCCAACCUCAACCGGCACCACCUUCGAAUCCUCCUCCAGCUGAGGCGACCCCCAAUGGUGCACAACCGGCACCUCCAGCCGUCAUGGUGGUUGGGGUUCCACCACAGCAAGUCCCGCCUCCUGCGUGGUCCACUGGCCUCUUUGAAUGUUUUGAUGAUCCCACCACCUUGAUCAUAACAUUUUUUGCUCCAUGUGUUACUUUCGGACAAGUCGCAGAGAUGGUGGACCAGGGACGUACCAGUGUUGGUAUGUUUGCGGCUCUUCAUUUUCUGAUAAUGUACUUCACGGGCUGCGGUUGCCUACUAUCGGCAUACUUUAGAAUAAAGAUGAGCCAUCUAUAUAGGUUGCCUGACGACCCCAUCAUUAAUAUUCUUGUUCAUCUAAUUUGUGAGCCAUGCGCCUUGUGCCAAGAAUAUCGGGAGCUUCAACACCGUGGCUUCAACAUGAAACUUGGAGUUGGGUGGCAUAAUCAGUCUCCCGAGAUACAGCAAACAGCUGGUGGAGCCAUUGUAGUACCACCUGCGGUUCCUGGAGGAAUGAGUCGUAGCGGAAUUGAGAGAAAAAUUGGCAAAGGUAGAGGAGGAGGAGGUGCAGUUGCGGGAGGAACCUCAUCGGGCCGAGAUGGAGGUCGAACGGAUGAGUAG